GCACAGACACAUCCGCACGAGGUUUCGCUUGUUGAAUCGCUUGACGACGUGAAGCAAGCAAAGACCCACGCUGUGCUGCUCCGGAAAGUCCAUCCUUGCUCAAACUCCUCGAAUGCUCCCGGCGGUCCAGAACGCGAUGAACUAACGCAGUCGGCCGUUUUGAGCUUUCCUCUUGUGCUUUGACAGUAGCUUGAGCAAUGCGCUUCGCAGUCGCCGACAUGGGGACAGGUUGCGAAGAAGUGGGCACAUCCACAACAGCCUUGAGCGUGGCUGCCUUGAGUUGUGAUUGCAACGCUUCAACCCUCAAUUCUGCAGCCUGCAACUUCUCCGCCAAGCCGACCUGUUCCACAACUUGCUGUUCCAGCUCUUUAACACGCUGACGAUAACCCCGAGCUUCUUUACUGCUCGGCAACGCUCUUGCUGCCCGUCGUUCUCGCUCAAGCUCAUCUCGCAGCAUACUGCAUUUAUCCUGCCAUUCAUGCGUCACGCCCUCAACGCGGGCUUCCACUUCUCCUCGUAGUCGAAGGAGCAUACCCUGCAUCACAUCUUGCUCUCGUUGAAUUGUCUGCGAAAGACCACUAAGCGACUCAAAUUUUUGCUUCCAAAAUUG